ACUCGCCUUUUGACUCAUUCAAACUUUAAGGACGAAACGCCAGCAUCAGAAAACGACAUGUGCGCAGAGGAACUCGAGUGCGGGGUUUGUUACCAGACCUACAACGCGGGUCGGCGGUGUCCCCGGGAGCUCCAGUGCAAGCACAGCUUCUGCGAGAGCUGCCUCUUGGCCCUGUCCAGGCCCCUGGGACCCGGAGAUGCGCAUCUGGAGGCUGGCAGGUUGAUCGUAUGCCCGCUGUGCCGACACAUCACAUCCAUCUCCGAUCAUGGGAAGAUCCGAGCCGAGCUGAGGGUGGACGAGAGCGCACUGGAGCGGCUGACGGCUGCGGGACUCCUCAACGAGCCCGAGGUGGACGAUCAGGUUCAAGAGGACGAGGAGGAAGCGACAGCUCCCGAGACUCCAGCCGAGGAGAGCGAGUCUUCCGCGGGCACAGGAGGCGGGAGACUCCGGCGGUGUUUGAAGAAAGUUUGGCAGGCGAUAAACGGCAAGGGCCAGCAGAGAAGAGAAGACUGUAUGACCAGUGAAGACCUGAGGGCCCUCGCCAUGAUGUCCUGCCACAUGUUUUGAGCAGCCCCAUAUGGCCCCAGAGUAAUGCAGUAUGAGUGACGAAUCAUCUUAAAAUGGACUUGAUGGCGAUGAUGAUAAAGCCACGUGGACACUGUGAAUGUUUUGAUUCCUUGUUUGGCUGCUGUGUAACCAAAUGUGAUGCCAAAGCAGCCUUUUCAGCCCCACUUAUGUACAGAUGCAACUGUUUUGAUAUUUAUUGUUUUUUUAUUUGUUUUUAUGAAAGUAUUUAAUAUUUAAAAAAAUAAACAGAUUUUUUUAAAAACACAGUUUGAAGCUUUCUGUGGAUUUUUAGUGAUUUGCCUUUUGAUAAAAAACAAAACAAAGUUUGAAUUUAUUAUUGUCAUAAUUAAAAGCCGAUAAGUAAAUUGAAGGGGAAAUGUACGGCCUUUCAAAGGAAAGAGGAGUGUAGACAAAAAAGGAAAGUUAAUGUUUUGCAUAAAAUUCACUGAAGUCAGAAAAACAACAAAUAGCCCUUUGCUCAUAGCUCCAGGAAGUUGGUCACCUGAGGCCAGGUGAACUGUAUUGCCUCCAAUCAGACUGACAAGCACCAGCAGAGCUGCAAGAUCCCCUACAUGGUUCAAGUAAAAGAUACCGACUAACGGCGCUGCUGCAGCUUUUACUAGUCGUUUAAACCUGGAAAAAAGUUGCUGAUCAUGUUCGGCAACUUUGCUCCUCACCCGAGAGUCCUUGUGUUUGUGCCGAUCUGUGCAGCCAUCGUGCUGUUUAUUGUGUGCCCAGAUUCUGCGAGAGCCAGUUGCACAGCAACUCGGAAGCACAAUGGAGCGACGUACAACGCCUGGAGACAACUUUACACUCCGUAUAGGCAACAUCGUCCCGCCUCUACUGGUCUGCUGUCAACAGAAACUGGACUUCACACUGGAACUGAUGACGAAACUAAGACGCGUGGAAAUUAUAGAGGGACUCCAUCAAUCAUUGAUCAGCAAUCAAAACCUUUACAGGUUACACAAGGUAUUUACAGUGACGGUCAAAACAGCCCAGCAAGCAGGCAGUCUCGAGUGAGAAUAAUAAAAGUGCAGAGAGGCCAUAGAACAGAUGGAGCGAGGCCGGCAAGCAGCUUUUUAACUAGCAGAUCCUCUCCCCAGCACAGAGGGCAAAGCGCAGAGAGAUGGAGGUCCAAAGGGAAUGACCCCACGCUCACUCAGAAAGAAGCCCUAAUUGGAAAUUUUCAUGAUUCCCACUCAAUGAUUAUUAGAAAACCACCUACAGAAAAAGCUGGCAGUCGCCAAAGCUUGAGUUUUUCAAAAAUUUGGGACCUGAAAUAUAUUCCAAAACCUUACAGCAGAGCACAAGUUGCAAAGACUGAUUCUUCAAGGACGGAUGAAGAUAAAUCUCCUGGAAACCCAUUUUCUUUUUCUCUUUCUUCAUCCCAGACGAAUGGUUAUUGGGAAACACCAAGGGGGCGUUACAGUGACUAUAAAGAGACAAAUGAAUCUCCAGCAGUUGGGGCACAGAGUACAUGGAGAGGGAGUCAAUCAAGCAAUUUUCUCAGCUCUACAAGUCAUCUGGCUCCUCACGCAACAUCAAUCAGCAAUGGCGCAAACACCCCCGUUAUUAACAAAAACCCAAGAGCAGAAAAACUGACAUCAUCCAUCACAGAUUCCCCCCAUGGGCGAGACUCAAUGAGCAACGGUCAGACACAAAGACACAAAAAGAUGCAAGCGUAUCUUUUCAAGGGCCCUGAGACCUCAGUUAAUAGAGUUGUGGGAGAUGGACGAGAGGCUUUAAGUGGACAAAGCAAUGCUUUCAUUACGUCAGAUAAUCAAAGGCCCUCUGAUGUACCUGCUGCCAGCAGAUUUGGAUCCAGGUAUUAUAACACAAAAGAUACAACCAAGCAAAUUACUUCCAAUCUGCCAUAUCAUCAUACUAGUGCGGCUCAGAAUGAUGAACAGAUGCACAAAGAUUUAAAAAGACCCAUCUCCAGCUUAGUUCUUCCUCCUCACAUCACAGAACAAUCUUCCGAUCUCCAUCUUGCUCCAGUAAAAACGAAGAAUAUGGCAAGUUUUUCCCCUUCACCUCACAUUUAUUCCACACACGUGUACGCCACCAGAAGUGAGGAACCUCUUUCAGUCAGCAAAGUCAAUGCAACUACAAGAGAUUUGGUGCCAAUCCAAAAACCAGGAGGGGGCACACAAAGUAUCUUUGGCUUCAAAGAGUUUAAAAAUCCUGUGUGGCAAGCUGUAAAGAAGCCACGCGCUCUCACCUUUAAAGAACAGCCAAACUCCAAACAGCACAGCUUUGAGAACAUGAAACAUUAUAAGUUUAAAAUGUCAAAUUUUUACCCUGCUCUGCUCCAAAGGUACAGUUUUGGCCAAAGAGGAGGAUCUGCUAUUACUACAACACCACCGGUAAUGUUGGAGAAAAACCCUGUAGUUUAUUCUUCACCCAGCACCUUAAUCCCAGUCACAACACCCACGCUGUUUGUAUCAGGGUUUAUGCAAGUAAUGACACCUAAAAGUGACCCUGGUGUGGACAGAAACCUCAACUACAGACAAUUCAGAACCUACAAAAUGACAAAAGCUCCAAAAAGAUCCGACUCUCGACCACUCGAGGGAGCCAAACCUUCAGUUCAAGGACCGGACAAAUCUGCCAGACUCCAGCAGGAUCUUGAUGGUAUUAAAGUCGGACGUCGACAGACCUCAGAACCGAGAAGCUUCAGAAUUUCCGAUCAAACUGAGCCAGGCAGCAGCAAUACAUCAACAUGGACUCCAAAGGAGUUGAGCAGUGUUGACCUUAAACCAUAUUUAAAGACAGCAGAGGAUUCUGUAUUAGUCUUACCUGGUAAAAACAGCAGCAGACCCUACACUUUCCGGAGAUUCAAGUCCUUAAAAAACACGACAGCACAGGCUCGCAACAAAAUAUGGUGGCAAUACCCGAUGCAAGAUCCAGCAUCAGCAUCUUACAUAGUCUCCUCCGCUUAUUUGAGGUCAGCGGGGCGCCUCACUUUUGCAUCAAAGCAAAAAUCAGAGCUUAGGACACCCAACCAAAGCAAACCUGCUGAGAUGAAGGCAAUCCUGCUCCACACCUCCACCAGCCGCUCCGUGAGAGCCAAACACGCGAAGGCAAGACACAGAAACAGCAAAAAGCUCGGCGAUUCUACAUUCACCAAUCACACUGUGGCCAUAGUCAGGCUGCCCAAGCGCCCCGCCGAAGUUAAAGCCGUCACUUACACCGAUGUUCUUGGAAGUGCUUCGUUCAGUGGUGUCAUGGAAACAACAGAAUCUCCUGACAGGCCAACUGAUAUGGAUCAUUUUCCAAACGUGACAGCUACGACCGAGCAAAAGAAAGCGAUGAACCGUUCGAAUUUAAACUCUGAUGAUGAGUACAGUGGAAAAAACAUGACCAAGAACUCUGAGGAAAAUACUGAUAAUGAGAUGGGAGAUUUCAGCGGCACAGAGAAAAACAAGGCGGAUAAAAGCGAAAAAGCCGAUUAUGAAUGGAAAAAAACAGUUUUUUUUCCAGAUAAUGAGGAAAGCGGUGGCUCUGAAGUUUUAUCAAGUGUAGUAGGAAGUCAGGCAUUUACAAAAGAUUUGCUAGAGAUGGAGUACCUACGAACUUCUACUGAAAAUGUUUCCUUUAAGUCAGUGAACCUGCCUCACCCAGAUAAAAAAACAAUAAAAAUGCUGGAACAGUUCCAAUAAAAGCUGGAAAAGUACACAUGACUGUGUUUUUGUGCCAACAAACAUUUCUAAACAACAUGACUGAGCUGAUGGAUAUACUAUUACAAGGGCUGAGCUAUAAAUGGCUGAUUAAACCGUGUUUACAUUCAAGGGUACUUUUGUUAGUGAAGUUUAUAGCUCCUGAUACCAGCUUUAAACAGUGACAGUCUGUUUCCUUUUGUUUACAUUCUUCGCGCCUGCUGAAGAUUUAAACUGGAUUUAUGCGUGCAACGGGCUGAUCGGUCUUCUCACCUUGGAAAUGGAGCAUAAAGAGCCAAUUGACUCAAAUGUGCAGAUGUUUAAAUGCUAGAUUUGUGAUGAGCAGCUGUGCAAAUCUUUAUGUCUGCUGGCAGAAAGAGCAUCGUUGAGAUGAGCAGUUCUGUUUCUUGUCUGUAUAUCUGCUGUGAUGCUCCUCUGUAUGUGCUGCACCAUACAAAUUAAAAGGCUCAUAAUUUA